CACCUCCCCUCGAAGCGUCUGGCUCAUUUCCAGCGUGCGCUGCUGUGAGCACUGUGUGCAAGGUUUCGUGUCAACAGAAGUUUUCAUGGCUCUGAGUCCCAGGAGUGCAGACACUGGGUCAUAUGGUGGUUUAAGGAGCUGCCAGACUGUUUUCCAGAAUGACUGCAGCGCUUCCACCCCCACCAGCAGCGUGUGAGCCAUCCAGGGCUCCGGGAUCGCCCGGUGUGGGUGUUGUCUUAGCCAUUUUGAUAAGUGUGCAGUGCCGUCUCGCUGGGCUCUACUUUGCGUUUCCUGAAGAGAGAGAAGAGCUGAUCCAGAGCGUGCUGGCCCAGGUGGCAGAGCAGUUCUCGAGAGCGUUUAAGAUCAACGAACUGAAAGCUGAAGUUGCCAACCACUUGGCCGUGCUGGAGAAGAGAGUGGAAUUGGAAGGACUAAAAGUGGUGGAGAUCGAGAAAUGCAAGAGUGACAUUAGGAAGAUGAGGGAGGAGCUGGCAGCCCGGAGCAGCAGGACCAAUUGUCCCUGUAAGUAUAGUUUUUUGGAUAACAACAAGAAGCUGACACCUAGACGUGAUGUCCCCACUUAUCCCAAGUACCUGCUAUCUCCUGAGACCAUCGAGGCCCUUCGGAAGCCAACCUUUGAUGUCUGGCUUUGGGAGCCCAACGAGAUGCUGAGCUGCCUGGAGCACAUGUACCAUGACCUGGGCUUGGCCAGAGACUUCAACAUCAACCCCAUCACACUCAAGAGGUGGCUGCUCUGUGUGCACGACAACUACAGAAACAACCCUUUCCACAACUUCCGGCACUGCUUCUGCGUGGCACAGAUGAUGUACAGCAUGGUCUGGCUCUGUGGUCUCCAGGAGAAGUUUUCCCAAAUGGAUAUCUUGAUCCUAAUGACAGCAGCCAUCUGCCAUGACUUGGAUCACCCCGGAUACAACAACACGUACCAGAUCAAUGCCCGCACAGAGCUGGCGGUCCGCUACAAUGACAUCUCGCCGCUGGAGAACCACCACUGUGCCGUGGCCUUCCAGAUCCUCGCGCAGCCAGAGUGCAACAUCUUCUCCAGUGUGUCACCACACAGCUUCCGGCAGAUCAGACAGGUGUGCGGCCGAGGGCCUCUGACAGGGCUGAAGAUGAUUUUGAUAAAGUGCUGCGAUAUCUCUAACGAGGUCCGUCCCAUGGAAGUCGCAGAGCCUUGGGUGGACUGCUUAUUAGAAGAAUAUUUUAUGCAGAGCGACCGUGAGAAGUCUGAAGGCCUCCCUGUGGCCCCAUUCAUGGACCGGGACAAAGUGACCAAAGCUACGGCCCAAAUUGGGUUCAUCAAGUUUGUCCUGAUCCCAAUGUUCGAAACAGUGACCAAGCUCUUCCCCGUGGUGGAGGAAACCAUGCUGCAGCCGCUCUGGGAGUCACGGGACCGCUACGAGGAGCUGCAGCGGACGGACGACGCCUUGAAAGAGCUACAGAAAAAGACUGACAGCUUGACGUCCAGAGGUACCGAAAAAUCCAGAGAGAAAGGCAGAGAUGUGAGAAGAGGUGAAGCAGACUGCACCUGAAGAGAGCCAGCGAGCUGUGGCUGCCAUCAGGACCAGGCCUCCGGAGACUAGGCCAUCGGGGACCAGGCCAUCGGGGACCAGACCGUCAGAGCUUCAAGGCGUCCUCCCUGCAGGGAAAUGUUGCUCUAGGCUCCUGACACCAAAACCACGUUUUCUAAGAACUGUUUUGUUCACUGAAGAACAACAAAAAAAAAAGGAAUUCA